GCAUUACAAGAUUUAACAAAUCAGCCAUUAACAGGAUAUCAAGUAUUAAGAAAUUUCGCUUGUGAGAAUUUAGAGAUUUAUACAACAAAGAUGACAUCUGCAAUGGUUGCCAAAUUGAAGCGUAAAUUAGAAUUUGAAAUUGAGAAUAUGUAA